UCGAUUUAUAUAUACAUGGUGUACUGAAAUUAGAGGUCGUUGUAAACUGGCCGGUUAUAGCGGUCAUCUCGGCCGAUAGAUAAUGAUCUGUCGAUGAUUUACGCCGCGUUAAACCGACAAUGGCACGAGAUAACCCCCGGCCGCUGCACAAUGUGACCAAUUAGAAACGCGGAACAUUCGCCACGAUGACUAAAAUGAAUGGAAUCAACCUGCCCGAUAUGACGGACCGGGAUCUCACCGUCGAAGACAUUUUCAACGAGAACUUUAACCUGAAAAGAAAGAAACUACAGAUAGACUACGAAGAACCUAAGAAAAGCCACAUAAGUGACGACCCUACUAAAUUCGUUGAAAACAACAAUGUCAUAGACAAAAGCGAAGCACCCCAAAAUAUGAAAAGAAAAUCGAAAACUUUUGCUGAUAAUUACGAUAUCGAUAAAAUCGUGCAAUCGACCAUGUUAAUCGAUAAGGAAUCGAGUAAACUUAGACUCGAGGUGAGACAGAUUGGAGAUCUGGAUUACAAAACAAACGGGCACGUCGGUAAUGAUAUUACCGAAGUUGGGUCUGUGGUAGAUAGUAAUGAGUAUACUAUGAAGAACGGUAAUGAUAUUAGAAUGGAUGGUGAUGAUAAGAUGAUGAACAACGAAGGAGGUGAUUACAUCAAUGGGAAUGACGAACAUGGGAGCGAUGAGCGGCUGGGCAGUGGCGGGCUCGGGCUCGGCGGCGGCGGGUUCCGAGGCGGCACGCAGCCCUCGCUGGCGGACUUCCAGCCGCCCUACUUCCCGCCGCCCUUCGCGCCCGCGCCUCACCCCGCCAGCCCGCAUCAUCAGCAACAGCAGAGCCAUGGCAUGGAGUACGGCGGCGGCGGCGGCGGCGGCGCGGAGUACGCCCAGCACUACGCGCCGCAGCAGCUGCUGCCGCGUCACCACGCGCACCAUGAGCCGCACGCCCAUCUGCGACAUCAUCGGGACCACCACGAUAUACAUGCGCACCAUUUGUCACACGGCGGGUUCAGCUACGGCGGCGGCGAGCGGCGCGCGGACUACGGUGCGCGGGAGCAGCACGAGCUCGCCUUACACCAUGCGCUGCACUCCGCUGAAGAAACGCCGAAUGCUGGCAUGGAUGAUACUACGGGGUUCAUGACUGAUCUUCCACUAUUAAAAACAAUGAAAGGUCGUGACGGGCUCGGCGGGACGGGUUCCUGUGCACCUAACGACGUGUUCUGCUCAGUCCCUGGUCGCCUGUCACUGCUGUCAUCCACCAGCAAGUACAAGGUGACAGUAGCCGAGGUUCAGAGGAGACUGUCACCCCCCGAGUGCCUGAAUGCGUCACUACUUGGAGGAGUACUUAGAAGAGCGAAGAGCAAAAAUGGCGGGAGAUUACUGCGUGAAAAAUUGGAAAAGAUUGGUCUCAACCUGCCGGCCGGACGACGGAAAGCUGCCAACGUUACGUUGCUUACGUCUUUAGUAGAAGCGGAAGCAGUGCACCUAGCCCGCGACUUCGGCUACGUGUGUGAGACGGAGUUCCCUGCGCGCGCGCUCGCCGAGUACCUCGCGCGACAGUACGCCGAGCACGACUCCCGGCGCCGGCGCGACUUGCUGUCCGCCACUAAACAGGUAAUUAAAGAGCUGAUGGACCUGCUAAACCAGGACCGGUCGCCGCUAUGCAACACUCGGCCACCGCACCUACUGGAGCCCGCCAUACAGCGCCAUCUCACGCACUUCUCGCUCAUCUCGCACGGCUUCGGCGGGCCUGCCAUUGUGGCCGCGCUUACGGCUAUACAGAACUUCCUCAACGAGUCACUGAAGCACUUAGACAAGUUAUAUCCCCAAAGCGGCAUGGUGUCAUCAUCGAUGGACAAAACAAAAAUGGACCCUGACAUCAAGAAGUAACACUUGCGUGACGGCGAUGACGUCGGUCUCUGCAGCAAGGAACUCGCGCAACGAGAACAAACCUCUUGCGAACACUGGCCACUACAGUGUGCCCUGUAUAUCAAAAUUAAAAUUAAAAGUACUGAAUUUGACAUUUGUCUUUACGCCCGCCAUAGAUUGCCAACGGCGAAAGACGUGUCAAUUCUAGAACCAAGGUUACUAUGAUAUCUAAGUAAAACUGCCAUACAAAUGUGCGUAUGAACGAAUGCAUGGAGAUUGCGUAUUUAUUUUUAUGAUGAUCUUCGUUAGAGGCGACCCGCAUACAAAUAAAGUGCAAUUAUAAUACUCAUGAUUGUGAGAAUCUGUAAAUAUAGCAUAGAAUACAAAUAGUGUUAUUUAAGCAUUUAUAGCGAAUAAUUUUCAGCUCAACCAGUGAUUUUUGUAAUUUCAAAAUGAAUAUUUUUUAAUAAAAAGUAAAAUACAUAUUUCACAUCCACCGCAAUAAAGACACAUAUCAAUAAUGUAAAUAGUAUUAAUUAUAGAACGAAAGUUUUAUCGUUUGUCACGGAAAUGAUUUCAUACUGUUUUUAGAUUAAAAGAAUAAAACCUCUUUAGUUAUUAAUUAGCUAUAGUUUUGCUAGUAACUCAAUGUGAAAGUGUGCCAAUUAGUUUUAAUUAUGGAAACACCAUAACGGGUUCCCGAAAAUUAAGUAUUUAAUUAAUAUUUAUUGUGGCUUGUACAUAAUACAUAUAAAAUUACUAUUCACUUGCCUAAUAUUUAGUUUUUUUCUAAAAUUAUUCUAGUAUUCGACAUCUAUCUCUUACUCCAAACUUUUAUUAAAGUGUUUGGUGUUUGUAUUUCUACCUAACGUACAUUUAAAUUUUAUUUGAUCCAAAGUGUGAUUUUUGAAGUUAACAAACAGAUUUCGAAUUAUCGCAGGAAAACCACAGAAGCGAGAGAUAUAUACCAUUUUUUUUAUAUAUAAGCACGUUUAUAUUCUGCGACCUGUACUUAUGUGCCACAAUUUAGACAAAAUAUUGAUUAAGACUAAAGUCCUGUCAGUAAUUAUAAUAGACGUGUACAAUGAGGUAAAAGAUAGGUAUGUACCACUCGUACAGUUUUGUGUAACCCCAGGGUCGGAAAUUCACCAAUUUAAUUAUAACUGAUGAGCCGCUGAAAAAACGCUAAAAUGGAGUUUUCAUAUUUCUAUCAUAACCUUUUGUGAUUAAACUUUUUAAGAACGAUUGUAACCGGCAUCUUUCGUCUGAGCUACAAUAUUUCACUGUGCUCUCUAAAUGUUAAUAAUCUGUGUCAUUGAAAAUAAAGAAUCUCUGUUAGAAAGGAUCUGCUUGUAACAAAAUAAAUCCCGAUAAAAGAGAAUAUUAUUUUUGUAUAGUUCAUAAUAUAGUAAUCAUAUUUUUUUAGCCAACAGACUAAGUCAAAAUAGUUUUUGAAUAUAAAAUGUAAUAAGCCUUGGUAACACUGAAAACCAGGCAGUAUUCACACUUUCAAAACAUUUUCGAAUUAAAUUUUUAUAUUAAACUAACGAGCACUGUAAUUUUUAAGAUUGUCUUAAUUUGUUUUCAUUUUGUAAUAGUUAUAAAAUUUUGAAUUUAAAAUUUACCAUUGUGUACUUAAAUUUUGUUUCGUGGAGUAAAGAAUGAUGUUAAAAAAAAA